AUGUAACAAUAUUAAAAUGAGUAAAUAUUUGAAAACAUCCGACUACAAAUCAUUUAAAACCAUAGAGUAUACUCCUCUAGACACGAUAAAUUGUUAGAAGACUACAGCAAAAUUAAGAACGCAGUAGCAGAAGCUCUAAAAAACACUUCCAUAAAAAAAGCAUAUGGCAAUGAUCUAAUAAGUCCAAACAUAAAAAAAUAAUCCAUAAAUGUAGAGGAAUGUUAAUGCCCUUAAGCAUAAGAAGAUAAAAUUCGGAAAAUUACAACUAGGAAAAUCUUGGAAUAAGACUUCGAUGAAUAUGAUAACUACUUAGAAAUUUAGUGUGAACACUAUAAUUAAAGAGAAAAAGUCAAUCCAAUAAAGAAGAAAAUCCAAAUCUUCAAUGUAAUUGUAGAAAGAUUGUCGAUAAUAAUCAUGAAUGGAGAUAUACCUACAUAUAUGAUGAAUUGCAAAAUAGUACCUUUUUCUAAGAGUGGAUCAACAAUAAUCCAAGAUAUCAAACAAAUUCGGCCGAUUGGCGUGCUACCUAUAUUCUAUAAAGUCAUAGAAAAAGCCUACAAAAUCUUACUAGACAGAAACUUUGAGAAAAUACUGUAGACUAACUAUGAAUAAGCAGGCUUUACAAAAAAUAGAUCAACACUAGAUCACACAAGUUUCCUCUUACAAAGAUUAAGCUAAGAUUAAAUUACAAAAGAUAGAAUCUUUGUCUUGUGUGAUAUUACAUCAGCCUACGACAAUGUCAAUCAUAACAUCAUGCUUAAUAUUAUGAAGAGAAGAACCUUUGCACUAUGGAAUAGCGAACCUAUAGUUGAAAACUUCUAUGCCCUAUUAGAAAAAUCUUACUCUUGCACAUCAGCAUCAAUAGGAGAUAAUACAUUCACAAUUUCGUAAGGCCUUAUUUAAGGAAGUGCUUUAUCUCCGGAUUUAUUCAAAAUCUAUUUGUAAGAUAUGCUGAAUGAAAGUCAAGAUGUUAUCUCAACAGGUGCAGAAAACUAUAGUCUUUUAUGCUAAAAGCACUAAUAAGGAAAUAGGGAAAAUAUGAUAAGGAACGUGCACUAUAAUUCCAAUAUGACUUUACUAUUUGCAGAUGAUAUACUAGCAGAAUUUAAUAAUCUAGAUCACUUUAAACUAUGGUAUAAUGAUACAUACAGAUAAUAAACAUGGAACAAAUAUAACAUGCAGCUAAAUGAUAAGACUGUAAUUAUCUCUAAGAACCCACUAGGUAGUAGAUUAAUAGAAAUGCAAGAUGGUAACAAAUUUAAAAUAGCAUCUACCACAAAAUACUUAGGAAUCAAAAUCACAAGAAACAGCUUCAGGAAAAAUAGCACUGCAAAAGCAUAAGCCCUUAAAGCUGAAAUAUCCGAUAAAAUGCAAAGAUUAAUGUAAUUCUAAAAGAAAUACCUACCAAUAACAAACUACAGAACACAGCAGAUCUACCUAGAUUCAAUCUACAGAUAUUACAUAACUCCCUUUGUACUUACAAAUAACAUCUCUAUUCAAGAUGCUCUUGAAAUAUGGAGACUAAUGAGCAAAAAACUACUAGGAGUACCAUAAAGAGUAAACGGAAAUUUAGCCUUUGCAUUAACACCAUAACCUAAUUUAGUCCUAUGGUGGUUCCAGCAAGCCUAAUCGCUAUAUAGGAGAAUUCCAUUUUAACAAGGUCACGAAGUCAUCAAUGAAAUAGUAAAGAAUUUAGAUACAGCUAAUCAAAUGAAAUAUAUAGAUAAAACGCUCUCAUACUAAGAAAUAGCUUAACAAAUAGAAGCAGGAACUUAACCCAAAUACUAUUCUCUCAGUCUUAAUAUGGUAGAAGACUAUUAUAUGAAUGAAAUAGACAAAAUGCCAACACCAGAAGAAUAAUGUCCACUAUGCCUAACCCUAAGAACGAUACCAGAUAUGCAUAUAACUAAAGCUAUACUCUAAUACAAAUCUGAACAAAAUAUCAAACCAGAAAUAGAUCGCAAUAUUGGCUACAUACCUAUUGAAUGUAAGAACGUAGCAAUAUUUACAGACGCUGGAUAUAAUAAAAUAGGUAACGUUGAACAUGCAUCAAUAGGAAUUGUUGACUUCCUAAACCCAACAUACAUGGCAUAUGAAGUAUCAAAAACAUAGCAUGGAGUUAAACUUAACACUAAACUUAACAAUGUAGUAGGAGAACUACUCGCAAUACAAAAAACAAUCGACUAUAUAAUUAAAAGGUAUAGAGACAAAGGACUAGGAGAUAAUAAAAAGAAAAAUAUCUAAGUCUAAUUCGACAAAUCUCUUUUUACCAUUUACACAGACUCACUAAUAUCUGUAGACAUCUUGUAAAGAUGGAUAUAUAAGUGGACAAAUGGAUCAGGAAACUUAAACUGUGAAAAUGCUCACCUCAUAGUAGACAUACACUAAUAACUAAAUAAAUAUCAAAACAUCUAAUUGAAACAUGUGAGAGCACAUUAGAAGAAAGAAGAUUGGAAAUCAGUAGGCAAUCAUUAUGCAGAUAGAGCUGCCACCUUCGCAUUAACACAUAUGUGGCUUAAUCCAAGAUGUAAAAUGAUAGUGCCAGAAAUUGAAGACGAUGGAGUUCAAUCAUCACUAUGUAAAAAUUGUCUAAAGCUAUGGAAUAGAGAAAGCACAGACAACAAAAAAUCAAUGCGGAAAACAAUGAAAUAGUAACUAACAAUCUCAUCUGAAGAUGAACUCAAAGAGCAUGAAAUAGAUGACCUUAUGGAAAAAUAUAAUACUAUAGAAAACAUGAAUGUUAUUAGCGGAAAUGAAAUCAGAUGGUAAGAUUAAGCCAUCAUCUAAAAAGAGUACAAAUUCUUCAGAUUCUACAAAGAAGAACACGUGUAUAGACAUGCACUCAAAAAGAAACUGGCUAAAAACUUUUAAUUCUAGAAUGAAUUCAGAUACCAAUAGAUAAGAUGA